AGCAUCUCUGCCAACACAGCCAUCUCUGCCACCACCAUCAUCUCUGCCGUCAUCAUCAUCUCUGCCACCACUAUCUCUGCCAUCAUCAUCAUCUCUGCCACCCCUAUCUCUAGCAUCUCUGCCAACACAGCCAUCUCUGCCACCACCAUCAUCUCUGCCGUCAUCAUCAUCUCUGCCACCACUAUCUCUGCCAUCAUCAUCAUCUCUGCCACCCCUAUCUCUUCCGCCACCACCAUUUCUGCUGCCACCACCAUCUCUGCUGUCAUCGUCGUCUCUGCUGCCACCACCACCUCUGCCAUCAUCGUUGUCUCUGCCAUCAUCAUCAUCUCUGCCACCAUCACCUCUACCACCACCAUCACCUCUGCCAACAUUGCCAUCUCUGCCACUACUGCCAUCUCUGCCAACAUCUCUACCACCACUGCCAACAUCUCCACCAUCAUCUCUGCCACCGCCAUCGCCAUCCCUACUGCCGCCAUCACCUCUGCCACCACCACCACCAUCUCUGCCACCACCACCGCCUCUGCCACCGUUGUCAUCUCUGCCACCACUGUCACCACCAUCAUCCCUGCUGCCAUCAUCUCUGCCGCCGCUGCCAUCAUGUCUGCCACUGCCGUCUCUGCCACCACCAUCUCUGCCACCAGCGACCUGAAAUUCCCUCGUCCUCUUCCGAAGGGACGCGCGCGAUGCCUCGGGGCUGUUGACGCACCCAUGGAUGUGCAGCGGUUUAUCAGCGAAGAUCGACUCCCCCAUCUUCUCCUCUAUGGACCUCCCGGUACCGGUAAGACCUCGACCAUCCUCGCCUGCGCCAAGCAGCUCUACCGGGAACGGGAGUUUGGCUCCAUGGUGCUGGAGGUGAGGAUGGGAUGCACCAGGACCAUCUUUAAGAAAGGCUUCAAGCUCGUCAUCCUGGAUGAAGCCGACGCCAUGACGCAGGAUGCUCAGAACGCCCUGAGGCGAGUGAUCGAGAAGUUCACGGAAAACACCCGCUUUUGCCUCAUCUGCAACUACCUCUCCAAGAUCAUCCCCGCUUUGCAGUCCCGCUGCACGCGGUUCCGCUUCGGCCCCCUCACCCCGGAGCUGAUGGUCCCGCGGCUGCAGCACGUCAUACAGGAGGAGGGGUGAGCCGGGGGGUGGGCCGUGGCCGCGGCCGCUCUCCCCUCGUGGAGGAGCUCCUCAUCCUUCCUCCACCCUCCUCUUCCUCAGAGCACCACCAUGGCCUUCGGGAAGGUGACGGAGGAGAGCGUCUACACCUGCACGGGACACCCCCUCAAGUCUGAUAUCGCCAACAUCCUCGACUGGAUGCUGAACCAGGACUUUUCCACUGCCUACCGCAAAAUCACGGAGCUGAAGACGCUGAAGGGUUUGGCCCUGCAGGACAUCCUCACCGAGAUCCAUCUGUUUGUGCACAGAGUCGAUUUCCCACCCUCGGUCCGUAUCCAGCUGCUGAUCAAAAUGGCGGAUAUUGAGUACCGGCUGGCUGCUGGGACCAGUGAAAAGAUUCAGCUGAGUUCCCUCAUCGCGGCUUUCCAAGUCACGAGGGACCUGAUCGUGGCCGAAGCCUGA